UCCAAAUCCGUACGCCGAGCGGGCCCUCCCUCCCUUUCGACCUCCUCCCCUGCCGCAGACACUGCCCCCCGUGAUCCCGUGCCUACAGAUAAUUUGACUCUGAAAAGGUGACGGCUCUGGCCUCGGAGUGAUCUGACACAUAAAGGAUACAGGCGCCCUUAUUACCCUGCUUGAACUAAAGGGGCAACAAAGCGAUUUGUUGUCCUGUUGUUUUGAGCUGGAAAACCCCCGGUAUGGCUGAUGCUAGUUCGAGGACUGACACAUCCAUAGUUGUGGACACUGACGAUAAGAAUCAAAGGAUGGAAAACGGACAAAAUGGAGCUAUCGUGCCUUCUAAUUCAUCUGAACCAUCUGACAGGUCCGACAGGCCUAUGGACCAAAAGGUAUUGCGGAGGCUUGCCCAAAAUCGCGAGGCAGCACGAAAAAGUCGUCUGAGGAAAAAGGCGUAUGUACAACAACUUGAGAGCAGUAAGCUGAAACUUGCAAGCCUGGAACAAGAACUCCAGAAAGCUCGACAGCAAGGAAUCUUCAUUUCUAGCUCUGGGGAUCAAACUCAUGCUAUGAGUGGAAAUGGAGCGAUGACAUUUGAUUUAGAAUAUACUCGAUGGCUAGAGGAGCAAAAUAAGCAGAUAAAUGAGCUGAGGACUGCAGUAAAUGCUCAUGCAAGUGAUAGUGACCUCCGUCUUAUUGUAGAUGGAAUAAUGGCACAUUAUGACGAAAUAUUCAAGCUGAAGGGCGCUGCUGCAAAGGCUGAUGUGUUUCAUAUACUUUCAGGCAUGUGGAAAACACCUGCUGAAAGGUGUUUUUUGUGGCUUGGGGGUUUUCGUUCGUCUGAGCUUCUAAAGCUCCUUGUAAAUCAGCUCGAGCCUCUAACAGAGCAGCAGUUGAUGGGGUUAUCCAGCCUCGAGCAAUCCUCACACCAGGCCGAGGAUGCACUAUCACAAGGAAUGGAGGCAUUGCAGCAAUCUUUGGCUGAAACGUUGGCUGGUUCCCUUGGUCCAUCAGGAUCUUCAGGAAACGUGGCAAACUACAUGGGUCAAAUGGCUAUGGCUAUGGGAAAACUUGGAACCCUUGAGAAUUUCCUUCGCCAGGCUGACAAUCUACGGCAACAAACUUUGCAUCAAAUGCAAAGAAUUCUGACAAUACGGCAAGCUGCUCGAGCUCUCCUUGCAAUACAUGACUAUUUUUCACGUUUGCGUGCCCUGAGCUCUCUCUGGCUUGCAAGGCCACGGGAGUAAAACAUGUGCGCCAUCUUUUGGCGCUUCAUGAGCUGAUCCAAGAAAUGUGGACAAAUUGCGACGCAUUUGCAGAAGAUUGGUGGUUCAGUUCCCUCUGAAAAAUAUAUUGACACCUUGUGUUCUCAUAUUGUACUUCGAUGUUGUACAAGUAGCCAGGUAGGGGUAAGGCUUGUAACUGUAAGUUACCAUGAAUUUAUGAUUGACAUAUUGUACAUUUGUAUUAGCAAUAAAUAAACGUAGAUAAAAGGUCCAAGAGGACCCAUUGAUUGCA